AUGGCUGCACGGCUCCUCUGCUCCCUGAGCGUCCUGAGCUCCCGCUCGGCGCUACGCCCACUGACCUCCGCCCGAUGUUCUCAUUCUGUAGCAGAGGCACGUCUAGAAACUCCUUCUGCUAAAAAAUUAACUGAUAUUGGAAUCAGAAGAAUCUUUUCCUCAGAGCACGACAUUUUCCGGGAGAGUGUAAGGAAGUUUUUUCAAGAAGAAGUAAUUCCUUAUCACACAGAAUGGGAGAAAGCUGGAGAAGUGAGUCGAGAGGUCUGGGAAAAAGCAGGCAAGCAGGGCUUGCUGGGUAUCAACAUCGCAGAGAAACAUGGAGGCAUUGGUGGGGACUUGUUCUCAACAGCAGUUACUUGGGAAGAGCAAGCGUACUCAAACUGCACAGGCCCUGGCUUCAGCCUCCACUCAGACAUCGUCAUGCCCUAUAUUGCGAAUUACGGCACAAAAGAACAGAUUGACCAGUUCAUCCCCCAGAUGACGGUGGGCAAGUGUAUCGGUGCCAUCGCCAUGACAGAGCCUGGGGCUGGGAGUGACUUACAAGGAGUAAGAACAAACGCCAAAAAAUCUGGGAGUGACUGGAUUCUCAAUGGAAGCAAGGUGUUCAUCACUAACGGCUGGUUAAGUGACCUCGUGAUCGUAGUGGCCGUCACCAAUCGCAAGGCUCGGUCGCCUGCCCAUGGCAUUAGCCUCUUUCUGGUGGAAAAUGGAAUGAAAGGAUUUAUCAAGGGCCGGAAGCUACAUAAGAUGGGAAUGAAAGCUCAGGACACAGCAGAACUAUUCUUUGAAGAUGUCCGAUUGCCAGCUAGUGCCUUACUUGGAGAAGAGAAUAAAGGCUUCUACUACCUCAUGCAAGAGCUCCCACAGGAAAGGCUCCUAAUUGCUGAUUUGGCAAUUUCUGCCUGUGAGUUCAUGUUCAAAGAAACCAGGAACUACGUGAAGCAAAGAAAGGCUUUGGGGAAAACAGUUGCACACAUCCAGACGGUGCAGCAUAAACUAGCAGAAUUAAAGACAAACAUAUGUGUCACCAGAGCGUUUGUGGACAGCUGUCUACAGUUGCAUGAAUCCAAAUGUCUGGACUCCGGUUCCGCUUCCAUGGCAAAAUAUUGGGCAUCUGAAUUACAAAACAGUGUAGCUUAUGAAUGUGUUCAACUCCAUGGAGGCUGGGGGUACAUGUGGGAAUACCCGAUUGCUAAAGCUUAUGUGGACGCUCGGGUUCAGCCGAUCUACGGUGGUACCAACGAAAUCAUGAAAGAGCUGAUUGCAAGACAGAUCGUCAGUGACAGCUAGACAUCUGCCUGCACCCCGGAAUCCUAUUACAUACUGCUAAUCCGGAUUCACAUCUACUUGAGAUAAAGUGCACCUGGAAAAGGGGGAAAGAGUAAAGCUGUUUUUAUGUAUAAUUGUUACAGAGAAAGAAAUAAAAUAGAAUUCUAAAGAUUAA